UACCUAGCAUGUUCCGAUUUGGAUGUGCGGCCUCCAUGUGCCUAACGUUCCAAAUUGUCAAAUGUCUAAAAUCUACAAGAAAGGAAAGCAAUCAAGGAUAACACGGCUCUACCUCCACCUCCACCUCCACCUCCACCUCCACGGUUGGGUAACCCAACUUCUAAUUUCUAAUUUCUAAUUUCUAAUUUCUAAUUUCUAAUUUGUAGUUUCUGGUUCCUUAUUUUUAUCGGCAAAUUAAAAUGAGGUUUAUAGAUCUAUUAUUGGUAGCUUCGGUACCGGUUGUUAAGGUCCUAUUGGUAACUGGCGUAGGAUUAUUUCUUGCUUUAGAUGGUAUCGAUAUUUUGGGUGAAAAUGCUCGCCAUCAUUUAAACAAGGUUGUAUUCUUUGUUUUUAGCCCUUCCCUUAUUGCUUCCAACUUAGCUAAAACUCUCACCUUUCAAACCUUUCGUACCUUGUGGUUUAUGCCAGUAAACAUAUUGAUUACAUUUGUAAUUGGGUCAAUACUAGGAUGGCUCCUUUUGAAGCUUACAAGACCACCAAAGCAUCUCAAGGGUCUCAUUAUUGGAGCUUGUUCUGGCGGGAAUAUGGGAAACUUGCCAAUCAUUCUAGUUCCUGCAAUGUGCAAAGAGAAGGGUAGUCCAUUCGGGCCUGCUGAUGUUUGUGAGACAUACGCUCUGUCCUACGCUUCUCUAUCCAUGGCGAUAGGGGCAGUAUACUUGUGGUCAUAUGUUUACAACGUGGUGAGGAUCUCUGCUGAGGAAGUAGCAGCAGGAGAAAUAGAUGCAAAUUACUAUUCACUUGUGGCGGAUUCUGAACAACGUCGCCUCAUAGACCCUUCCUCUAAACCACCGGUUUCAUUACCACAAAGGAUGAGCCAUUCCAUAAGAAGCUUCUUAGAAAAGGCCAACCUCAAAGCAGUGCUCGCACCAUCGACUAUUGCAGCGAUACUUGGGUUUGCAAUUGGAAUGAUUUCUCCAAUCCGGAAUUUGAUGAUUGGCAAUGAUGCUCCAUUCCAUGUUGUCACUGACUCAGCCUUCAUGCUUGGAGAAGCAGCCAUUCCAGCUCUGACCGUAAUACUCGGAGCAAACCUCCUUCAAGGUUUAAGGGGUUCUGGUAUUCAAUUAAGAGUUGUUAUUGGGAUAGUUGUAGUACGCUUCAUAAUUCUUCCUCUAUUGGGAAUUUUGAUUGUUAAGGGAGCACUUCGAGUUGGUCUCGUUCCAUACGACGACAAAUUGUUUGUAUUUCUUCUUCUAAUUCAAUAUGCUAUGCCACCAGCAAUGAACAUAGGCACAAUGACACAACUGUUUGGAGCUGGCCAAAGUGAGUGUUCCGUGAUUAUGCUAUGGACUUAUGCUUUAGCUUCUGUGUCUCUUACUCUUUGGUCCACCUUAUUUCUGUGGAUUGUCACGUAACAAAAAUCGUAUCAGUUAUCACUCCCUCCGUCCAGAUGUAAUAGAAAAGUCAUGUUUUGAGUACGUUGUUUAAAUCUAGUCAUUAGUGGAAAACAAAAAUUUUGGUAAUAAAUUCACUCACCAAAUGUGAUCUUUUUACUUCAUUUACUAUAGUGGUGUUGAACAACUUGUACAACAAAAAUAGAUUGUGUGACGAUUAUUUACUUGAUUCUCCA